CACACACAGGGAGCGUCAGUCUCUUGCCAACCAUCAUCGUGAACGCACGUACCUCGCCUCUCCCAGCUCCUCUCACACGCUCUCCCAAGCCUCCCCGUGCGCUCACCUCUCCCUCGCACCUCUCCUAUCCUUCCACAGCCCCCGUCACCUUGCCACGCUUAGCAAACCCACGUAAACUCACAAGGUAUCCAUUUAAACCAGUGUAAACCACCCCCUCGACACCUGUAUACCUACAUAAACUCGUCACCCACCUGUGCAAAUCUACACACACCUGCAAACUACCGGGAAAGGUACUUAGCACACCUGAAAACCACGCUCUGUGUAAACCCUUGGAAACAAACCAUAACACACCUGUCUGUUACCCACGUUUAGUUUACGUGUGUGUGUGUGUGUGUGUGUGUGUGUGUGUGUGUGUGUGUGUGUGUGUGUGUGUGUGUGUGUGUGUGUGUGUGUGUCAGGGAAAAGGUAACACACACACCUGACACACAUACGUAAACACAUAAAUCACCUUGAAAAAACAAAUAUAAAACAUGUAAACACAGAUAAAUUCAGAAUCUCACCAGUGCUGACCUGUAAAUAAAAAAAAACACCUUGAAAACACCACAUCAACACACCCAAACGUAUCCAAGCUUACCUAAGUACACCCAAACGUAUCCAAGCUUACCUAAACACACCCAAACCUACCCAAGCUUACCUAAACACACCCAAACCUACCCAAACGUACCCAAGCUUACCUAAACAGCCCCAAAAUACAGCCAAACCUAUCCAAAGCUUACCCAAACCUACCCAAACACUCCCAAACCUACCUCGGCCCACCAACCAGGUAAAAAACACACCUGGCGCAAUCCGAUCAGCUAUGUCGAGGUACUGAGACCCACACAUCUGCUGGCCACAUCUGCUAGCCACACCUGACGAUGCUGAAGACAUGCCUCGCCGCCGUGCUGUGUAUUACCUGUAACCCUGGCUUGGCUCACGAUGUUGAUACAGGAGGCGAGGGGAACCUGCUGCGCGGCGUGACGGUCCCCCAGUACGCCUUCGCAGGGGGGCAGGCCACGUUGAGCUGUUCUUACGAUCUCAAAGCCAAACGCCUGUACUCCCUCAAGUGGUACCAUAACAACACUGAAUUCUACAGAUACGUCCCCACUGAGAGGGAGACGCCCAUGAGUGACCAGGCAACACCCAAGUUCACUGUUAAUGAGCUGUUCAGAGAUGACAAGAGAGUAACGCUUUCCCUCACGCGCCUGUCAGUGUCCGCCUCUGGUCAGUACCGCUGUGAGGUGAUUGCAGAACACCCCUCCUUCAGAACAGAGUGGCAUAAGGCAACUAUGACUGUCCUCCGUCAGCCCCUCUCUGCCCCCGUGUUGGUGGGUGCCCGGGAGGUCUAUGAACCGUCGGAAUUGAUAAAGAUUGGGUGUCAGCCAGAGACGCCCUUCCACGGAGACCACCAGCCGUCACUAAAGUGGUUCCUGCAGGGGAGUGAGGUAAGCCCCGAUUGGGUGAGGCCUUACGGGAGCGCCCUUCAAGAUGGAGUUUCCGGAGUGUCUUUACAUGUUCCAGGAAAGAAGGUGGCAGACGCUGGUGGAAGCAUACAGGUGGAAUGUCGCCUCACACUGGGUCCCCAUCAGCUGGCAACAAACAAGACAAUUAGAGUAAGGUUGAGAGUUCUUGUUGAUGACCCACUUGCUUCAGGAUCCCACGAGGCAGUGUUGAAUGCUAGUCACUGCUGUUCACUGCUGCCCUGCCUGCCCAUGCUGACUCCUGCUGCUGUGUUUGCCCUGCUGAUGAUGCUGAUAGUGCUGUAGCGAGGGGGUCACUCUGCUAGAUUAGAGAUUAGGCUGGUUUAUCUAAUUAUUCCUAUGUUUCUUGCUUUCUUUGUGUUCUUUCUUGUUUGUUUUGUUGUUUUGUCUUUUUUUGUCUUCCUUGCUCUUCUUCUCUCUUCUUUUUCUCCUGUUUCUUUUGUUUUUUAUUUGUUUAUUUUUUGUUUUCUUCCUUGUUCAUGUUCCUUUGUUUUUCUCUUCCUUGUUUCUUGUCUUGUUCUCUUCCUUAUUCUUCUCUCUUCCUUCUCCUAAAUCCGUUCUUUCUUAUCCUCUCUUCCUUGUUCCUCUUCUUUAUUUUGUUUCUCAUCUCUUACUUAUUUUCUUCCUUAUCCCUCUUCAUUAUCAUCUUUAUAUUCGUCUCUUCCAUGUCCUCUUCUUUAUUUCUUUUCUUAUCUUCUUCCUUGUCCUCUUCCUUGUUUCUUCCUUAUUCCUCUUUCUUAUCUUUUUUCCUUACCCUUUUCUUUAUUCCUCCUUCUUAUCCUCUUCCUUCUCCCUUUUCCUAACCCUUAGUGAGUACUGUAGUGGCCUGUGUGUGUGUGUGUGUGUGUGUGUGUGUGUGUGUGUGUGUGUGUGUGUGUGUGUGUGUGUGUGUGUGUGUGUGUGUGUGUGUGUUGCUAAAAAUGACUUUGUGAAUGUGUAAGUAGAUUCCUCACCCUUUCGCGCACACGCACACACACACACACACACACACACACACACACACACACACACACAC